AGAGAGAGAGAGAGAGAGAGAGAGAGAGAGAGAGAGAGAGAGGACGACGUCUGGGCGGAUUUGGCGCCGGUGGCGUCUUUGGCAGUCCAACACACAACAAGCUGCUUAUUAGCGAGCGAGCGAGCUCCCAAACGGAUUUAUGCGCACGGAAGCAGGAGUAGUAGAGGAUGCUGAGUAUCUUGCCUCCACGCCGCCACCCUUGCUUUCCAUGAGCUGAGUGAGCCACCCAACGGGAGGAACCAAUCACUCGCCAACGCCAGAAAGAGGAGGCUUGAAGGAAGGCAGGGAGGAAGGAAGGAAGGAAGGAAGGAAGGAAGGCAGGAAGGCAGGAAGCCAGGGAGGAACACACUUUUUUGGGGGCUGCACUUUAUUUCCACCUUGGGAAAUGGCAGCAACAGAAGCCAGCACGGCACCUGCGGUCCAAGAAGAUGCAAAGACUCCGGAAAGCAAGCAGGCAGAGGCGGAACAACCCAGCCACAACUCAGAGAGUGUCCAGAGUCAAGCGGUAGACAAAGACAAAGGCAGCGAGGUCAACAGCGGGGUCAACCUGACCAAAGAGACCGUCGACAACGACACCUCGGUAGAAGCGGCGGCGAGCGCCGACGAAGAAGAAGCCGCGGCGAGCGGCGGCGAGGCGCCCGCCCCCCGCGGCUCCGAGAACCACGAGCACAAGACCUCCCUCCUGGACUCCUUCCUGAACAAGAGCGGCCUGGGUAAGGUGAUGUCGGGACGAAAAAAGAAAGAGGCCAGCGCCACCUCGGAGGAGGCCAACGCGGGAGCCGGCUCAGAGGAGGCCGACGCGGGAGCCGGCUCGGAGGAGCCAGAGAAAGCCGCUGAGCUGCCGCUAUCUGAGGGGGGAGCAGAAGGAGGCAGCCGGGGCGAGGGAACACUGCAAAAUGAGAAGACACUGGAAAAUGGAGAGAAGGAGCACGAGAAGAAGUGCAAAGAGUCCAAGUCUUCCGUUCGAGAUCUGAUCAGGAAGCCGGUGGCCAAGAUCUUCUCCCAUCGGAGCACAGAAAAGAAGGAGGGCAACGACGGCGCAGAAUCUCCCAAACAGGUCCAGGCGCGCUCAAAGUCCCUGGACCGCCUGGAGGAUCCCCAAGCACUUCACGCAGAAGACUCGGCCGUCGCCGCCGCCGCAGCCGAAGGGGCAGCGGCGGCGGAUCACAAAGCCUCCACCAAGCACAUGAAGCGUUGGCACUCCUUCAAGAAGCUCAUGGCCCAGAAAGCACACAAGCGCAGCGCCGAAGACGGCGGCGAACAAGAAGGAGGCGGAGACUCCUCCACAUUGGACUCCAAGGAGUCGGGCCAGAAGAGGUGGAAGCUCAAGCGCUCCUGGACAUUCCAGGGCCUCAAGAGGGACACGUCCAUGGUGGGCAUCAGCGGCAAGACCAAGAGCUCCGACAAGCCGGAGGAGGCGCCGGACGCCGAGCCCGCCGCCGAGCCCGCCGCCGAGCCCGCCGCCGAGCUCGCCGCCGAGCCCGCCGCCGAGCCCGCCGCCGAGCCCGCUGCCAACCAGGCCCGGGCCGACCGGGAGAAGGCGGAGGCCAGUGAAGACGACAAGGUGAGCGGCGGAGCCAGCGUCACGCAGCACGCCAACGAGAUCUGGACCUCCUUCAAGAAGCGCGUCAUCCCCAAGUCCAGGCGCGCAAACACCGAGUGCCAACCCGGCGGGGACGAGGACGCCGCCACCGCUGCCGCUUCUGCAGGCGAGGCCGACGGCACGGCGGACGACGGAAAAGACGGCAAGUCCGCCAAGGCCAAGCGCUCCCACUUUGGCCGGGCUGUCUCCCUCAAGAACUUCAUCCUGCGCAAAGGCAAGUCCACCAGCGUGGACAUGGGCGACGGCGCCAAGGAGGAGGACGAGGAGGCCACCACCACUGGCACCGGCACGGCGGCCAGCGCCGCCGCCGCCGACACCACCGCUGGCACCACCGACAGCGCCGCCGCGGAGGAGGACGGCAAAGGAAACGGUCAAGCGGACGGCAAGGGCGAAAACCACCCUCCCGCCGACAAGGGCGUCCAGAGACAGGAAGCCGAGCCCGAGGCGCAGAAGACGCCCGGCCGCGCCCCCGUCACCAACGGCCAAAACGGCUGCGAGAACGGAACCGCCGAGGACGAGGCGCACAAUCAUCGAGAGGGUGACGAGAAGAACGGCAGCCCCGUCAAGAAGAGCAAGGAGCUGGCCGCGGCCAAGGAGGAGACCAACGCCAAGGUCAUCAACACGGCGGCGCCACCUGUGAACAGCGCAGACAAAAAGGCGGGAAGCGCGUGAGGCCACGCAGAGGAUUAGAACUUGCCGGGAUUCGCUGAGCAAGGAGGUCUGAGCACCCCCCCCCCAGCUCCAUUUACCGCCACCCAAAGCCCCCCCCCCCCUCCUUAAAGGAGUAAUCACGUGUUAGCAGGUCGCCGUGGAGACAAAGAGCGAGCGGCUGGGAGAGGUCACGUAGAUGAGAAAGCGGUCAAAAGAAGAGAAACUCGGAAAGCAAUAAGCCCCCACCCCCUGAUUCCAUUUUCUUUGCUUGUCUGUUCCAUUUUAUAUCGUCUACAAGAGAAUUGCAAUGGUAGAAAAAAAAAAAUGCAUUCCAGAGCCCCCCCCCCCCCCCCGUUUUCUAUUGACAAGCGUUACGCUUUGUAGUCCCUAACCCUUCCCUUUGUCCAUCCAAGUCUCGUAGAUUGGACUCCAGUACAUAGACUGCCCCCCCACCACCACUGCAACAUCUCCUGCUGUGUGUUUAGACUGUUUUGUCGUGAACACGAUGAUGUGAAAACAAAAAAGGGAAAAAAACAAGCUGAUUUGAUUCUCUGUCUUAUUUUGUCCAAGUCAAAGUGUAUCCUGUCACUGUUUGUUCCUCUGCAGUCAUUGACACGCACGAUGAUGUUGGUCAUAUUUUGUUGCUCCACUGUCUGCUAGCAAAAAAAGAAAUAAAUAAAUAAAUAAAGGGAAAAUGACGACAACGACAAAAACCCCGAAUAGUCCAAUAAAGAGAAAAGUCUUACAAGUCAA